UUCAUUCCCACGUUGCUUUCCUUCUUUUCUUUCUCCAUCUUCAGCAUCCCAUUUUGGUGAAAAAUCAAAAGCUGUUACUUUACAAUCCCAUAUACAAGCUUUGACCAAUGCUUUUCCAAAUUCAAAUUUCAGAAAUCUCUCAAAAACUCUUUCCCCCCUCCCUCUUCAUUCUGAUUCUUUCUAUUUGCCCUUCAAUCUCUCACUCUCUCUUUUGAAGCUUUUGUCUACAGGUUCUCCUCUUGGUUUCGUUGUUGCUGUUAAGAGAAAUGGAGUUUGAAGUUGAUAAUUUGUGUACUAGGAUUUAGGACAAGCUACUGUCAAGACAUUGUGUUCAUUAAUGUGACAUCCACUGAUUCCACACCAUCCAGGCUAUAAUACAAGAAUUGUGCUGCGGUUGCAAGAAAACCUGGUGAAACAUUGGCUAUAGAAGAGAUCAUAGUGGCCCCACCAAUGUCUCGUGAGGUUCGGAUUCGUAUUCUAUUUACAUCUCUCUGCCACGGUGAUAUUACUGUUUGGAAGAUGCAGGAAUAUCCUGGCAUUUUCCCAAGAAUUUUGGGUCAUGAAGCAACUGGGGUUGUGGAAAGUGUAGGGAAGGAUGUAACCGAAGUUACCAAAGGAGAUACAGUUAUUCCAAUUUUCCUACCGGAUUGCGGGGAGUGUAUAGAUUGCAAAUCAAACAAGAGUAACUGUUGUACUAAUUUCCCAUUCAAGGUGUCUCCUUGGAUGCCUAGACAUGAGAGCACUAGAUUCACAGAUCUAAACGGAGAGAUCAUAUACCAUUUCAUGUUUGUUUCAAGUUUCAGCGAGUACACUGUGGUCGACAUUUCCAAUGUAACAAAGAUUUAUCCACAAAUCCCUCCUGAUAGGGCUUGUCUUCUCAGUUGUGGUAUUUCAACAGGGGUAGGUGCUGCUUGGAGAACAGCAAGUGUGGAGCCAGGAUCUACAGUUGCUAUUUUUGGGCUGGGAUCUGUUGGAUUGGCAGUUGCAGAGGGAGCUAGGGUUUGUGGAGCAACUAGAAUUAUUGGUGUAGAUGUCAACCCUGAAAAAUUUGAAAUUGGUAAUGCAUUGUUUGCUCAAUAACACCAUAUCAACCAUUAAGUCAUAUAUUUUGUAGUAUGGUACUAAGAUUGACUUAUUGGGAGACCAUAUAUGGAAACAACUUAUGUCCUGUCCAUAAACGUUUUUCAACUUAUUUUCAUAAACUCUUCAAUCAAGAUAGCUUAU